CGGCUCGCGCUGUGAGCCGAUGGGGGCGGGGAGAAGCCCGCCAGCGCCCGGACAAAAGCCAGGUCCCCGGCGGCUGCGGGAGGCUGGAGCGCUCCUAGCAGUGGGUGGUGACUUUGGCCUGUAGACUGAACGCCGCGCAUUGACUUUCUCGGAGAGGUAGCGCAGGGCCUUCUGUAGCCAUGUCGGCCAAGGCGAUUUCCGAGCAGACAGGCAAAGAACUCCUCUACAAGUACAUCUGCACCACCUCGGCCAUCCAGAACCGCUUCAAGUACGCCCGGGUCACCGCUGACACAGACUGGGCCCACCUGUUGCAGGACCACCCGUGGCUGCUCAGCCAGAGCUUGGUGGUCAAGCCAGACCAGCUGAUCAAACGGCGUGGAAAGCUGGGCCUAGUUGGGGUCAACCUCACUCUGGAUGGAGUCAAGUCCUGGCUGAAGCCACGCCUGGGACAGGAGGCUACAGUUGGCAAGGCCACAGGCUUCCUCAAGAACUUCCUGAUCGAGCCCUUUGUCCCCCACACUCAGGAUGAGGAGUUCUACGUCUGCAUCUAUGCUACCCGGGAAGGGGAUUAUGUCCUGUUCCACCACGAGGGUGGGGUGGACGUGGGCGACGUGGAUGCCAAAGCCCAGAAACUACUCGUCGGCGUGGAUGAGAAGCUGAAUCCCGAGGACAUCAAGAAACACCUGCUUGUCCACGCCCCCGAAGACAAGAAAGAAAUUCUGGCCAGCUUUAUCUCCGGCCUCUUCAAUUUCUAUGAGGAUCUGUACUUCACCUACCUCGAGAUCAACCCCCUUGUUGUGACCAAAGAUGGCGUCUACGUCCUUGACUUGGCUGCCAAGGUGGAUGCCACUGCCGACUACAUCUGCAAAGUGAAGUGGGGUGACAUAGAGUUCCCGCCCCCCUUUGGGCGGGAGGCUUACCCAGAGGAAGCCUACAUCGCAGAUCUGGAUGCCAAAAGUGGGGCAAGCUUGAAGCUGACUUUGCUGAAUCCCAAGGGGAGAAUCUGGACCAUGGUGGCCGGAGGGGGUGCCUCUGUCGUGUACAGUGACACCAUCUGCGACCUGGGAGGUGUCAACGAGCUGGCGAACUACGGGGAGUACUCCGGCGCCCCCAGUGAGCAGCAGACCUAUGACUAUGCCAAGACGAUCCUCUCCCUUAUGACCCGCGAGAAGCACCCAGAUGGCAAGAUCCUCAUCAUCGGAGGCAGCAUUGCAAACUUCACCAACGUGGCUGCCACAUUCAAGGGCAUCGUGAGAGCAAUUCGAGAUUACCAGGGUCCCCUGAAGGAGCACGAGGUCACGAUCUUUGUCCGAAGAGGUGGCCCCAACUAUCAGGAGGGCUUGCGGGUCAUGGGAGAAGUCGGGAAGACCACUGGGAUCCCCAUUCAUGUCUUCGGCACCGAGACUCACAUGACGGCUAUCGUGGGCAUGGCCCUGGGCCAUCGGCCCAUCCCCAAUCAGCCACCCACAGCGGCCCACACCGCAAACUUCCUCCUCAACGCCAGCGGGAGCACUUCAACUCCGGCCCCCAGCAGGACGGCAUCUUUUUCUGAGUCCAGGACUGAUGAGGUGGCACCUGCCAAGAAGGCCAAACCUGCCAUGCCUCAAGCCUCCAGCCAUCAACGGGUCACUCAGUCGCCUUGGUCAUUUUCUUUGACAGAUUCAGUCCCAAGUCCAAGACCCCUGCAAGGAAAGAGCGCCACCCUCUUCAGCCGCCACACCAAGGCCAUCGUGUGGGGCAUGCAGACCCGGGCUGUGCAGGGCAUGCUGGACUUUGACUACGUCUGCUCCCGCGACGAGCCCUCGGUGGCCGCCAUGGUCUACCCUUUCACCGGGGACCACAAACAGAAGUUUUACUGGGGUCACAAGGAGAUCCUGAUCCCUGUCUUCAAGAACAUGGCUGAUGCCAUGAAGAAGCACCCGGAGGUGGACGUGUUGAUCAACUUCGCCUCCCUGCGCUCAGCCUACGACAGCACCAUGGAGACCAUGAAUUACGCUCAGAUCCGGACCAUCGCCAUCAUAGCCGAAGGCAUCCCUGAGGCCCUCACGAGGAAGCUGAUCAAGAAGGCGGAGCAGAAGGGAGUGACCAUCAUUGGACCUGCCACUGUUGGUGGCAUCAAGCCCGGGUGCUUUAAGAUCGGGAACACUGGCGGGAUGCUGGACAACAUCCUGGCCUCCAAGCUGUACCGCCCAGGCAGUGUGGCCUACGUCUCGCGUUCGGGCGGCAUGUCCAACGAGCUCAACAAUAUCAUCUCUCGAACCACGGAUGGCGUCUACGAGGGUGUGGCCAUUGGUGGGGACAGGUACCCCGGCUCAACGUUUAUGGAUCAUGUGUUACGUUAUCAGGACACUCCAGGAGUCAAAAUGAUUGUGGUUCUCGGAGAGAUAGGGGGCACGGAGGAGUAUAAGAUCUGCCGGGGCAUCAAGGAGGGCCGCAUCACCAAGCCUGUGGUCUGCUGGUGCAUCGGGACCUGUGCCACCAUGUUCUCCUCCGAGGUCCAGUUCGGCCAUGCUGGAGCUUGUGCCAACCAGGCUUCCGAAACUGCAGUUGCCAAGAACCAGGCCUUGAAGGAGGCCGGAGUGUUUGUACCCCGGAGCUUUGAUGAGCUUGGAGAAAUCAUCCAGUCCGUGUACGAGGAUCUCGUGGCCAGAGGAGUCAUUGUACCUGCUCAGGAGGUGCCGCCCCCCACGGUUCCCAUGGACUACUCUUGGGCCCGGGAGCUGGGCUUGAUCCGCAAACCUGCCUCGUUCAUGACCAGCAUCUGUGAUGAGCGAGGACAGGAGCUCAUCUACGCAGGUAUGCCCAUCACCGAGGUCUUCAAGGAGGAGAUGGGCAUUGGCGGGGUCCUCGGCCUCCUCUGGUUCCAGAAAAGGUUGCCCAAGUACUCCUGCCAGUUCAUUGAGAUGUGCCUGAUGGUGACGGCUGAUCACGGGCCUGCCGUCUCUGGGGCUCAUAACACCAUCAUCUGCGCUCGGGCAGGCAAGGACCUGGUCUCCAGCCUCACCUCGGGACUGCUCACCAUCGGCGACCGGUUUGGGGGUGCCCUGGAUGCAGCAGCCAAGAUGUUCAGCAAGGCCUUUGACAGCGGUAUCAUCCCCAUGGAGUUUGUGAACAAGAUGAAGAAGGAAGGAAAGCUUAUCAUGGGCAUUGGUCACCGAGUGAAGUCGAUCAACAACCCAGAUAUGCGCGUGCAGAUCCUCAAAGAUUAUGUCAGACAGCACUUCCCUGCCACCCCCCUGCUCGACUACGCGCUGGAAGUAGAGAAGAUUACCACCUCCAAGAAACCAAACCUUAUCCUGAAUGUAGACGGUUUAAUUGGAGUUGCAUUUGUAGACAUGCUUAGACACUGCGGGUCCUUCACUCGGGAGGAAGCUGAUGAAUAUAUUGACAUUGGAGCCCUCAACGGCAUCUUUGUGCUGGGAAGGAGUAUGGGCUUCAUUGGACACUAUCUUGAUCAGAAGAGGCUGAAGCAGGGGCUCUACCGUCACCCAUGGGAUGAUAUUUCAUAUGUUCUUCCGGAACACAUGAGCAUGUAACCCUAUUACAAUAAAGUGAUGAUGAGAACUCUUCCCCUGAGAAAUAGCCACAGACAUCUGGCACUGGAGCUUGCUUAAAAGGAUGGGCCUGGAGUAUAAACAGCCCCCAGUGUACAGACAUUGAAGACCAACACCCACAGGCUAACACUAUUCAGUCUACACAAAGAAGCUUAAUAUUUUUUUUUAUAAGCAUAGAAAUAAGAACCCAGCCAAUACUUGUGACAUUUGCUUUGCUACCUGCUAUAUUUAUUAUAUGGAAGCAUCUAAGCACUGUCAGGAUAGUGUGCUUCCUCAUUGGAGGGUGUUACAAUGUUGCUUUCUUUAUUUUUUCCAUUAGCUUAAAAAAAAAAUUGUUUUUCCCUUGAAGGAAGGGAAUGACACUUUUAAGACCUCAAGAUACUUUCCAUUUAAAGGACCCCUACCCCUAAUAUCUUAUUUUUUCCCUUUUCUUCCUCAUAUAACCUAAAGAGCAUUGUAUUAAUCUGAUUUUUUUUUUUUUAGAAUCUUUUUUGUAUGUUGUGUGUUAGGAGUUUGUUUGGUAUCCCCCCGGAAUGUUCCCUGUUGCAGACCAGUGUCUGCUUGUGUCAGGGGGAAUGGGACCCACUGCAUCCUUAGCCAUUGUUACAGAGUAUGGGGAGUGGUAAUUUAAAAUGUAAACUUGUAACAUACAUAUGUUUAAAAUGGAAGUGCAAAGCAAAAAGCUGUGAAAUGUCUUGUGUCUUAUGUUCUCUGUAUUUAUGCAACCAACUUUUGUCUGUUAUUGACUCCUCUCCAGCCAGUUUGCAUCUGUAAUCCACAAAGAUUCCAGGCAGCUGCCACCUCAGUCUUUCCUCUGUAUUAUCAUAGUUUGGUUUAAAUAAACUAUAUAGUAACAAUGA